AUGGGCCACAAAACACAUCCUUACGGUUUCCGGUUGGGAAUCAUCAAAGACUGGAAAACCCAUUGGUACGCCAAUACCGGCGCCCAAUAUCGCACUGGUGUGCAGGAAGAUCUGGCGCUGCGCCGGGCUAUCCACCACGCCGGUAUCGCCAAAAUCGAAAUCGACCGCACUGCUCAGGAAAUCAUCAUCAAUAUCCACUCAGCCCGGCCGGGUAUCCUCAUCGGCCGCGACGGCGACCGCGUCAAGGGGCUGCGUUCCAAAUUGGAGACCAUGUCCCGCGGCCAGAUGCGCCUCAACAUCAUAGAAAUCGAGCAGCCGGAGAUGGACCCGUACCUGGUGGGUCGAAACAUCGCAGACCAACUCAGCCGACGUGUCGCCUACCGGAGAGCCAUGCGACAGGCUGCCCUACGAACCAUGCAGGCCGGCGCCGAGGGCGUUAAGAUCAUUACCAAGGGCAGGAUCUCCGGCGCCGAAAUUGCCCGGACCGAAAAGCUGAUGAUGGGCCGGGUGCCCCUGCACACACUGCGCGCCGACAUCGACUAUGCGCUGUCAGAAGCCCACACGGCAAUGGGUCGCAUCGGUAUCAAGGUCUGGAUCUACAAAGGACAGAUAAUGCCGCCACCCGCGGAAGAAGAAACCGAGCUGGACAGCAUCGAGUUCCGCGUCGCGAGCCAGGACGCAGAGGCGGACGCUGAUCUCGCCCAAAUACUGGACGCCUAG